AUGUUAAUUCUUCUUGAGACUCCAGCAGGCUAUGGCCUGUUUAGAGUCACUAAUUCUAAGAUUCUGAAUAUGGAUACUGAGGAAAUUACAAAUUACUUUCAAUCAGCAGAGAAGAUUCAUAAAUCCGUUGCUCUAGAGGCAUUCCAACGUUUUAAAGAUACAAAGUCUGCUCUUUUGGAGACAACAGCUCUGGUAGAGUCACGUAUGAGUAAAAGUUUAUCAAAGUUCCUCAAAAAGAAUAUUGAAAGUCCUGCAUCGGAAUCUUUAGCAGUAGUUGACAAGACUCUUGGUGGUAUAAUUAAACAGAAAUUUGGAAUUGAUAUUAUUUAUAACCCAAAGAUGCAGGAAAUAAUACGUGGUAUAAGGGGUCAACUUACUGAUCUUGUGUCUGGUUUAAGUGAGAAGGAUAUGAAGACUAUGGCUCUUUCAUUAUCCCAUUCCUUGAGUCGUUUUAAACUUAAGUUUAGCCCUGAAAAAAUUGAUACUAUGAUAAUUCAGGCUGUAGCUUUAUUGGAUGAUUUAGAUCGAGAACUAAAUAAUUAUGCAAUGAGAUUACGUGAGUGGUACGGGUGGCAUUUUCCUGAACUUGGAAAGAUCAUUGCUGAUCGUGAUAUUUAUGCCAACUGUGUGAAAAUCAUUGGAUUUAGACAUAAUACUCGUAAUGUAGAUUUUCAACAGCCUCCUUGUAAUAUUCCAAGCGAUAUAGAGGUGGAAAUAAAGCAAGCUGCUGAGAUAUCAAUGGGUACAGAUAUUACGGAUGAAGAUUUAGAAAAUAUCAUUGAAUUAUGUGACAGAGUCUUGGAACUUUCCGAAUAUAGAUCAUCACUCUCGACUUAUCUUAAAGCUAGAAUGUCUACUAUUGCACCAAACCUCACUUAUAUGGUUGGUGAGUUGAUUGGAGCUCGUUUAAUAGCUCAUGCUGGAAGUUUGAUGAAUUUGGCUAAACAUCCCUCUAGUACUGUCCAGAUUCUAGGUGCAGAGAAGGCUCUAUUUAGAGCUCUAAAAACAAAAAAAAGCACACCAAAAUAUGGUCUUAUAUAUCAUGCUGCAGUUGUAGGACAAUCAGCUCCUAAACUUAAAGGUAAAAUUAGUAGAAUCUUGGCAGCAAAGCUUUCUCUAUGUGUCCGUGUUGAUGCCCUUAACGACCAAAUUGAGCCCUCAGUAGCUAUUGAAAAUAAGAAGUAUGUGGAACGUCGUCUGGAGGAACUUAGUAAUCAACUAAGUUCUGGGAGACUAGCUUCUUCUGGAAGUAAUCGCAGACCUUCUACAACACCAUAUUAUAGUCCAGUAAAGAUUCAAGCUGUUGGUAGCUAUGAUACAGGAGCAGAUGUAUCAAAUUUAAAACGUAAGUCGCAUGAUCAGGAUAUUAAGACUCCAACUAAAAAGUCCAAGUAUUAA